AUGGGCGAUUCGCCGGCGACGCCGAAGCGGCGGACCAGCCGGAGAAUGGUGCAGUCGACGCUGUUCCCUGUGAAGCCGGUAGAGAACGGCGAUCCGAAGAAGGACGCGGAGCCGGUAGAGAACAACGAAGAGAAGAACGAUCAGGAUGAGGAGGUCUGCGGGAGUCAGAGCAAGCGGAAGCGGAAGCCGGCGGCGGCGAAGAAGACGCCUCCGGUUAAAGCUCCGAAGAAGAGCGGUAAGCGAUCGGCGAAUAGUACACCGACGAAGAAGAACGGAAAAGAUGUGGUGGUUGAAGAUGCGCCUUUGAUAAUGCCUGACUUGAGAUUGGAGGCUAAAUUACGAGGCGCGGAAAUCUCACGGAUAUGGACGAAAGAAGGAAGGCAAUUACAUCCCUUUUUUGCAUGUUCGAAAGUGGGCAAGAAAAGCCAGGAGGUGAUUGACGUCGAGGGCAGUUCAAGCUUCAUGGGGAGGAAGGAGACUUGUGGUCCAAUUCAUGUGUUUGAAAGCACUCAGGACGAUGCUGUGUUUCUUGAUUGGAGAAAUUGGACAUUUUGUGAGGAAACCAGUCUGACAAGUGGUCAGCAUCUUGAAUGCAUGCCUUCCUCAAUUUUUGAGGGCUCUGCUGAGUGCUUAAAUUUUGAUAUGGUCUCUAGUGUUUCCCAACCCUGCAAAUCAUCAACUUUAGAUCAGAGUCGUAUUCAACAGGAAUGUGCUCAUGAAACAUCAUCCGCAGUCCCUCAUUUGGAUAAUGAGCAAGUGAAGUUGUAUCAGCACUCAAAGGAAGUAAAGGACUGUGAGGUUGGUAUGUUUUCUGAGUAUACUGGUUGCAUGGAAAAGUCAGAUAUUGAGCAGCAGAAUACAUUUCUUGAGGAAAGGGCGAUGUCAAACAAUCCUGAUUGCUGUGAGCAAUCUGAGAAUAGCUUAUGGACAUAUAAGUACCAGCCAAAGAAUGCUAGGGAGGUAUGUGGCAAUAAUGAAUCUGUGAAGUUUCUGAGUGAGUGGCUGCAUUCUUGGUAUGAACGAGAUCUUCGAACCAGUGAAGGUGGUGGUGACAGGCAAGGCAUUAAUUAUAAUUGGACUCAAAGUGACUCAGAAAGUGAAGAUGAUGAGGUCUUGAAGAAAAAGAAUGUUCUGUUAGUUACAGGGCCAAUUGGGAGUGGAAAGUCUGCAGCUAUAUAUGCGUGUGCGAAAGAACAAGGGAUUAAGGUUUUGGAGCUCAGUGCAUCAGAGUGUCGGAGUGGAGCCCAAGUAAACAAGAGGUUUGGAGAGACUUUCAAAUCUCGGAAAUUCCAAAGAUCAGUGGCCAAAACUGUGGGUUCACAGAACAAGCUUAUUAUGAAGUCGCUCUUUGUUGAGGCUAAUGGUACGACAGGCCAAGACUUGGAUGAUGAUGAUGAUGAUGUUGUUGAACUGAUACCCAUAUCAGAUGAAGAUUAUCAUGAUGCUACUGGAAGUUCUGUUACAUUUGCCUUCAAGGAGACCCAUGGCAAAGAUAAACUUGUUAUACUUUUUGAGGAUGUGGACAUUACUUUUGAAGAUCACGGUUUUAUUGCAGCAAUACAGCAGUUAGCUAAAACAGCGAACGGGCCCAUAAUAUUGACCAGCAAUAGUCCAAAACCUGAACUGCCAAACAGUUUUGAUAGAUUACAAGUGCAUUUCAUGUUGCCAUCAUCAGCAGAGCUGUAUUCCCAUGCAUGUAUGGUUUGUGCUGCAGAGAAAGCCAGCAUACAGCCCUAUUUACUUGAGCAAUUUAUUGAAUGUUGUGGAGGAGAUAUUCGCAAAAUUAUUAUGCAUCUUCAGUUCUGGUGCCAAGGUACAAGUUUUAGGAAAGAUACAAAAAUGAAGCGAGAGACAUAUGGUUCAUUGCUAUUUGAUGUUGAGGCUGGUCAUCAGAUGCUGCCAAAGUUAUUACCCUGGGAUUUACCAUCUCAGUUAUCUGAUUUAGUAGAGAAAGAGAUAACCAAGUCAUUAACCAUGAUGGAAGAAGGUUCAAGCCCAAUGGAGGUAGAUCACAAUACAGAAGUCCAAUGUAGUUUGAACAUGGCUUAUAGUGAAAUGGAAAAUAUAGAGGCCAAGAAAGUAGCAAUGCUAAGCAGGAAUGGGUAUACUCAUGAGUGCAGUGAGUAUACCGCAACUGAUACUGCUCCCGACUUUUCUAAUGAGACAGGUACCCCAUUUCCUUUCCCCCGGCGACAUGUUCGGAGGAUGCAUGGUGUUGUAUUAUCUUCUGAUUCUGAAGAUGACUUUAUGAAGAAUGGAUAUCCUACAGUUACAGAUAAAGAUUCUAACCAUGAAGUCCUUGGUGUUGAUUCAGUAUCAGAGGUGCUACUUUUUCCUGGAGCGACAAAUAUAGAUAGAGGACUUUAUGACUGUUUAGCAGCAGAUGAAUUCCACAUAAGUGACAUGUCCAACUUCGCAGAUAUAUCAUGUGUGCCAGAAUCGUCUUUUGUUCCCGAAACACAAAUGGAUAGUGAAACAGACUUCUUGUCUCAGACAAUGUCUUCCGGUCACUUUGGUAGCUCUAUGUUAUGUGUUGAAGACUAUGAUGGAAUAGAUAUGUUAUCACAAACAGUCUCUUCUGGGCAUUUUGCUAAGACCAUGAAUGAAGUAUGUUUUGACGAAGAACUACCUGUUGAAGAGAAAAAUCUUGCUCAAUAUGAAUCGGGAGUACAUAUAAAUUUUGAUAAGGUGGGAAAUAAUUGUGAUGCGAUUCUGGAAUAUUCUCAUCAGGAGUUGGAAGAUUCUCGAAAUGAUCAUAUGGAGAUUGUUGCAAGAGCUCAUCAAUUGAUGGAUGAGUGCAGCCGCAUGGAUUUUAAUAAGGGCUCCAAGAUACAGGAGCAGAAAACCUCAGCAGUCAGUGAUCUUGUACGAGAUUCAUGGAACAGACUUCGUGGAUGGCGUAAUGAUCUAAGGCAGUAUGUAGCAUCAGAACAAGAGGCCUCUCAGAUUGUUAUUCUUGCUUAUAGAAUGAGCAAUUUGAUAUCAGAAGCUGAUAUUUUGUUUUCUAAGUGCCAACCACUAAUGAGUGAUUCUGUAGAACCAUCAAUGAUCUCCUCGGAGGAGUCAGAUUCAUUCAGCUGGUGUGAUGAGCGGUUGCUAUUGGCAUCCACAAUUGCCCAGCAUGGAUUUUGCUUCUACGCAAAGAGCAUUUCUUUAGUAGGAUCAAAUGUAGGCUGCGUGAGGGUGGAUGUGGAUAUGGCCUCUGAGAUGUUGGCUAACACAAAUAAUAUGAUGGCCUUAGGUAAGUUAGUUGGACAGGGUAUGAGAACAAGUAAUACAUCGUAUGGUGGAAGAAAUUCAGAGAUUAGUCAGCCAAAUGUUGUAACAAGUGAAAUCAAGUCACGUGUGUUUGAUGCAAUCCAGUCGAUUGUACCUGCUAAACUCAACUUGACACUGAGAGGCAGUGCAUACAUCGAGUAUCUUUCCUCACUUCGCCACAUCUCAAGAUCAGAAGCUGCUCGUUUGUCAAAAGGUGUUGAGAACACCACAAGAAGAAGAAGGAAAAGGGUUGCUCCACACUACCUGAGUAGUGGUGCAAGAAUGUUAUCUCCUGAACAGUUAUCAUUGCUAGAUCAGUAUAACUUACGCUGGAAGACCUCCAGCUCUUCCGUUUAACCCCGACUCAAUUUAUCAGAUAGAAAACUAACCUUAAUGUUAUAGUAACUUCUGAAUCUCAAUAAGAUAGUGAGGUUCAAUAAGGCUGCUCUGGAAAGACCAGAAAGGAAUCACUAUUUCAUAUACAGGAAGGUGAGUUCUCGCUAUGGUUCC